AUGUUUAAUAGACGAUUGAUCAGUGGAGAAAUAAUUGUUCGUUCAUGGUUAGUUUAUUCUCCAAGUUUAGGAGUAGUUUUUUGUGGGCCUUGUCGUAUAUUUCAAACAUCUUUAGAAACUCAACUUGUUACUGAAGGAUUUAAUGAUUGGAAAAAUGCUAUUAUCCGUUUCAGUUACCACGAAAAUAGUAAAGAGCACAGAGAUGCUAUUAUUAAUUUAAAACAUAGAGGUAAUGUCUUGGGGCGUAUUGAUUAUUCAUUGAUUAAACAAUUAGAUACAGAAAUCGAAUAUUGGAGAAAUGUGUUGAAGAGAGUAGUCGAAACUAUUAAAUCGUUAGCUUCUCGUGGACUCCCUUUUCGAGGACAUGAUUCGUGUUUUGGUUCUGUACACAAUAGUAAUUACUUAAUGUCACUCGAAUUAAUCGCAAAAUUUGACCCGUUUUUAUCCGAUCAUAGUUCGUUUUGGAAAUAA